AUGUCAAGUCUUCCCAAAAAGUAUCCUCGCCAUAAAGCACGGGUCGAAGACAAAGUAUCAAAGUCGCCCGCCCCAGCGAACUCCACACCCAAAAGACUGGGCGAUAUCGAAAAUGUGGUCAUGCCGCCCGCCAUCAAAGUCGAAAAAGAAGAGCUAUCGCUCGCUUCCAUCCCGCGACAGGAGACCAUGGACACCAUGGACACCACAGUCGGUGGUGACAAUCUAGGUACUGGCCAGCUACGCAUGUGGGUAGGAACGCUAUUGGAAGCAAAGAACCAGGCCACGAUGCUCGUCACGACCUACAAAAACACGCCCAAUCCGGACAAGGACGGCAAGAUUAAACGCCGCGUCCAAGACGUGGAAGCAUUUCUGUGGUGGCUGGAUAAUGAGGUUGAGGUCAAUCCAGGUCUAAAAUCACCCCGCGGUCCAGUGGACCAGAUUCUCGGGUUGCUGAAGAAAACGAAUUUUAUCCCGGCGCAUAUCACGAUAUGGGCGGGAGAUAUCCUGGCAAGAUUUGAGGAGGAUAAUUGGGGAGCCGACGACGCCGGUCAGGCGUCCGACUCGGAAACAGUCAUGGGAGAGCAAGAGCAUGAGCAAGCUCCUGAGCCUCCUCAGCGAGCGCCAGCCGGUCCAUCAAGCGCGCCGAUGGCGUGCGUCGCAUCAGACUCUGGCACCGCCAACCUCCCAAUUCCUCCUGUCAACCACCCCAUCUGGGGUGAGCGAGGUAUUAUGCAUGGCCUCUGCAUGAAGCGCGGGAAGACUACCUCAUACUCUCUAAACCCAAACUUAAAGGACAAGAAAGCCGACGCCAAGGUCUUUGGCCAUAACAACCUCACGCCCGGAGACUGGUGGCCCAUGCAAAAAGCUGCGCUCUUCCACGGCGCCCACGGCGCCCCUAUCAGCGGCAUCUCGGGAACGCCAGAGCUGGGCGCGUAUUCAAUUGUCACUUCUGGCCGGUCCACUACGUACGGCGACAUGGACGAGGACCACGGCGACGUCCUCUACUACAGCGGUGACCAGAGCACCGACAAUGUCAACCCCACCCGUGUCAUCAUGACCAGCAGCCGCACGCAGAGCCUAGAGAAAUCCAUGCAGACGCGCCGCCCGGUGCGCGUGCUCCGCAGCUCGGGCGGAAGCGGUGUCUUCCACCCCCCUGUCGGCAUCCGCUACGACGGCCUCUACCGCGUCACGGAGCGCCUGCAAAAGUUCAACAAGAAGGGUGGCAUGUACUACCAGUUCAAGCUGAUCCGCGACCCAGGACAGACGCCGCUCAAGGACAUUUGCAAGAACUCUCCCGGCAGGCAGCAGCUGCUCGACGAAGCGAAGAUCCGGGAUGGAUACUAG